AUGUUUUCAUUUGGUGAAUUACAAACCUUUAAGAGACACAGAGGAGGAGGUGGGGCGGCAGAGCGAUAUAAGGUUCAAUGUCAGGAAUCCCCCACCCCGUCACGUAGCAAUGAGGUGAACGACGGUAUGCCGUACAAAUCACACAAAGAGAAGAAGUCCUUAUCUCGUCUAAACCUGUCCAGCGAGAAAGCCAGCAACAGUAAAGGACCGCUUUCAGACCUUGAAGAGGAAUUUAUUUUUGCCGCUGAGUUCGGGGACAUUCCGACUGUUAAGCGACUAUUGGAGGAACACCCAAGCCUCAAUGUCGAUUUCAGUGAUAUCCUUGGUCGCACUCCACUUCGCCUGGCGGUGGGCAAUGAACACUUGGAGGUUGUAGAACUGCUACUUGAUCGUUCGAAUGCUGCCAGCAUCCAUGAAGCACUGCUACAAGCCAUUAGUGCAGGUCACGAACAAAUUGCAGAGACAAUAUUAAAACAUCCCAAAUACAGAGACGUCAAACGAGAAAACAAACGUUUUGGAGAGACAGAUUACUUCUUUAAUACCACCAGUGAGGACUCUCCUUUUUCUUCCGAUAUCACACCUCUUAUACUCGCAGCAGAGAGGAAUCAAUUUGAAAUUGUCCAACUUUUGUUGUUAAGGGGUGAAACAAUCAGGAAACCCCAUCAUUACUAUUGUAACUGUCAGGAGUGUAGUAACAAGCUGGUCUUUGACCAAUUGCGAUUAGCCAAAACUCGACUGAACGCCUACAGGGGUCUGGCCAGUAGUGCCUAUAUAUCACUGUCCAGUAACGACCCCAUACUGACAGCAUUUGAACUUGCAAGGGAGCUCAGAUGUGUUGCAAAAGUUGAAAAAUAUUAUAAGAGUGAAUAUUUAACAUUAGCAGAUCAAUUAAGUGAGUAUGUGGUUCGGCUACUAGAUAAGGUUAGAGGUCAUGACGAACUUGAAAAACUUCUAAACAAAAAGAAGCGUGAGGCUGAUGAUGAAACAUUUGAGCAAUUAUCCAGAUUGAAAUUGGCAAUUCAUUACAAUGAAAAGAAAUUUGUGGCCCACCCUAGUUGUCAGCAGAAGUUGGUCAGUAUUUGGUAUAAUGACUUGAGAGCCAUGGAGCGCUCUAACUGGUUCUUCCGCUCUCUCAUGGUGUUCGGAGUCACCUCGGUGUACCCUUUACUGGCCAUUCUUUACUGGUUUGCUCCACAUUCUAAGGUUGGGCGCUUCCUUCAGUAUCCAUGUAUAAAGUUUAUCGGUCACGCCAUGUCCUUUGUUACUUUUCUCGUCAUGAUUCUGAUCUCCAGUGCUGAGGGAACGACAGACCUUACCCGCCUAUCGUCUUUCUCUGGUCCCUAUAAACACUACCUCUGGUACAAAAAUCACAGCCGUCUGACGCUUCCAGAAGACUUUGUUGUCCGCACGAGUCGGCCAGAAAUUAUACAGAUCGGUCUUAGUCUAUGGAUCAUUGGUAUGCUUUGGCAGGAGAUAAAGCAGGUAUUUAGUGAGGGUUUGUACGACUACUUUGAUUCUUUGUAUAAUUACCUGGAUGUGGCUGUACUCACGCUCUACCUGUCAUCCUUCACACUUAGAUACGUCUGCAUUUGGAAGGUAAACGUUGCUUUGAAAUAUUUUGAAACUCGUGAGCCUUGGGAACUGUUGUUAAGGAGUGAUCAAACAGCAGCACAACAGAUGUACUGGAUCAUCGCAGACAGGUUCUAUUGGGAUUCCCUAGACCCCCAUAACAUUGCAGAGGGACUGUUCGCCAUUGCUAAUGUCAUCAGUUUCACCAGAGUCUCGUAUAUUCUGCCAGCCAAUGAAAUGUUUGGUCCCAUGCAGAUCUCCAUCGCUCGAAUGAUGACGGACAUUAUAAAAUUUUUAGCGAUCUUUCUGGUAAUUCUGGUGGCCUUCAUGGUUGGUUUACAUAAUCUGUACUGGUACUACCCCAAACAAGUACGAGAGAAAGUCGAGUUCAUGAAAAAUAACAUAACAGUUCGCGCAGAGGAGGCGUUUGGGAUUCCAGACAAGACAGUGAGAACAGUGUUCUGGUCCCUGUUUGGACGAGGAGAUGCCACAAUUGUGGAGUUAGAUGAAUUCAAUCACAUUUUCACGCAGUACGUUGGAUACUGGAUAUUUGGUGCAUACAACUGGUGCAGUGUUAUUGUGCUUCUAAAUAUGCUAAUUGCCAUGAUGUCAAGGUCAUUUGAACUUAUUCAGGAGGAUUCAGACACGGAAUGGAAGUUUGCCCGCAGUAAGCUUUACAUGGACUAUAUAAAGUCAGGAGCAACACUACCCAUUCCAUUUAACAUGGUUCCCUCCCCGAAGUCAGUAUGGAAGCUGCUCUCUCGAAUUGGGCAUUGUUUUUGUAAAGGAGAGACAGGGGAUCUCAGACCACACCCAGGGCGAAUAAAAGAUGUGGAACUUUUUGCCACCAGUCCAACUGCAACGACAUCAGGUUGGGAUAAUGUACAGUCUCAACAUCAAGCUAAUGGUAUAAAGCGAUUCCGGGAGAGAAUGCAAACUACUAAUGGUUUUGUUAGAAGUGAUUCUGAACCAAACUUGUUUGAGGAAAAACUUACGUAUAAGAGAGUAAUGAAAAGAAUUGUCAAAAGAUAUAUCUUUGACAUGCAGAGGGAAAAUGACAGUAAUGAUGAUUUCGACGAAGUAAAACAGGAUAUUUCAAGCUUUAGAUAUGAAAUUUUAAAUCAUUUACAAUCUCGGGAACAGGAGACUAAAGAAUGCUGUGAAAAGAUGGACGUGAUGGAGCAGAAAAUGAAUCACCUGUUGAAACAACAAACAUUGCUACUCAGUAAACUAGCACAAACAAACAGUGUAGAUAUUAAUCAGAAUGGGGGAAAUCCUCAUGAUGUUUUACGUAGACAUGAUAACACUGAAAAUAGAAAGAGUUCAUCAGUUCCGUUAUUGACAGAAAGUGCUUAUUCCUCAUUAGAGGAACCUUCAUGUGAGGAGGAAAUCCUCCACCAACUGUCUCAGGCCAGAAAUCAGUACUUAGAGGACAUUCCCGAGGAGGAGGCGGCAUCUCAUAGGGAGGAUAGACGUCUAAUGGCCGUCAGACUGCGCUCUGACAGCCAGGACACUAAUACGUCAUCAAGAUUGUCACGACAACAGUCUCUAGAUGACGAAAAUUACUCUACAGAAGACGUCAUUGUUCACGUUCUGGACGAAAAUGACGUCAAAAAAUCUUUCGAUGAAAAACUGUGAUAUUUACGCAAUUUUUGUUGAAAAUUUGGUCUUAUUUAUACAUGUACAUGUAAUUACACUUUAAACAUUUCUGUUACGUCAUUUUUUUGUACUCGUUAAUCAAACAUUAACCUGUAGGAGUCCAGUAAGGAUUUCCUGUGCUAAAUUGUUCAAAUUUUUACCAUAUAACUCUUUCGGGUAACUUUUGGACAUGUAAACGGCAAUGUUUUAAGUGAGAUAUAUGUAGAUGCAGUUCCUUAUGAAAAGUCAUCAGAUUGUUUUAGCUCCACCCCUUUCAAAAGAAUGAUAAGGGAGAAACUAUUCGUGUCUUACAACCCUGAAGUUUUUCCUUUUUGGUCUGAAGAUAAUGUAAUGUGGAUAAACCGGGAAACAACAGCACGCUCGGUUAAUAUACAACAAUAUCAACAGCUAGGGUUGUAGGUCGGGAUGUUUAUAUGGUACACUUUUCUAUAGUGAGGGUUCAAAGGGCAUCAAACAGCUUGAUAUUGUUCAUAUUGAUCUGUAUUUGGCAAAUAUCCGUUAUAUACCUUGUAAAAGUUUUAUCGAGAACUGAUUUAAACCUGGGGUAGGUUUGUGCAGAAAAUUAACAUAUUCCACUUGAAUUCAAACGGAGAAGAUUCCACUGAAAUUGCUUUAUUUGGAUUGUUAUAAACAAAUACAUAUUUUGUGUAAAGUGCAUCACAAUAAUUGUUUUAUUUUACGUAAUUUAGAGCUAAGGUGUCUAUGGCUGUAAAAACUCACUACCCUACUGUUAUUUCCUGUGAUAAUGUAACAUUUCUCUCCUAUUUCGCUAUAUUUAUUUUCUGUUUAUAGAAAGAAUUACUUGUUUUAUGCACAUGGUAUUGGUAUUUCUUUUAAAGCAUUUCGAAACAACUCCUUCCAAUUUCCUCUAUCUUGUAAUUUAAUUAAUUAUUUUAAAAAAAAAAAAACUGUUCCAGAAGCUCUUAAUUAAAAAAAAAUCAUGUCGUUUAAAACCAUUAUCCAGAAGUGCCUAUAUACAUUAAAAGUUUGUAUAAAUCAACACACAUUUAUGGACAUUAUCAGAGCGAUUAUCUCAUUUAUUGAUCCCCCAAAUGAUACUGAAAUCCCUCGAGUUACGAAGCAUUCUUCUAAAUAGAGAUUUUUUUUAAUUUUUCGUUUCGAUUAAACAUGUUUUCUUUAUUCUCUAGGAGAUUACAAAUCGCCAAAAAAUUUAAUUCCUUAGAAAUAAUGGGAACAAUUUCUUGAUUCUUUUGUAGGUUAUUGAUCCGAUAUAUUGAAAUUCACUACCGUAGAGCGUCUAUAUCUAAAGGAAAAAGAAGCUUGAAAUAGGAAAAAAAUCCGUCGAGUUCAUGAAUUCAAGAAUAUUGUUCUGUUUUAAAGUAUAUUUUAUAACUAAAGGGGUUUCUUUGCAGCUCUUUGUUCAAAUUACUAACUAUUACUUGGAUAUUUUAAUUUAAUAAAGAAAAAAGAAUAAUUACCUAAAGAACUGCCUAUUAUAUAGCGAUCAGUUACCUUUUUUCAGUUAAGAACGACAGUAAAAAAAAUCGAUGGUGAAGAAUAUGGACAAAAACCUAGCCUUUGUACUCCAAGAAUACUCCGAGAUAUUCAGGUUUAAUUGCUAGAGUAGUUAUUUGCAAAAUUUAUACUGUAUACUAGAUUACACAGGAUUAUGAAUGAAUCGAAACUUAUAUUUGAUGAAAGUUAUUUAUAAACAAAUAAACGGCAUUAUCCUUCUCUUUUUACUGUGUUACAUGUGAAUAUUAUAGGAUGUGAAUUGCAGGUGUCAUAAACAACCCCUUCCACACAGUUUUUUAAAAUAUGGAAGGAAUUCUAGGUCCUUUCGUCCGAAUGACAGAAACUUGAGUUAUAAUAAUUAUUGUCAAAAUGAAUAAAUAAUUAUUGUUUUACCCUUA